ACUCCCGCUAUCGAUCAGUCCCGUGUUAGUCCACCGUGACAUGGAGGAUCUUCUGCUGCAGAUCGUCCGGGAGUCGAGCAAUGCGAAGUUACAAAAUCUACGGAAAUCAGCACAGGAAGCGUACGACUUCCUGGACAAGCAGCAAGGACUGUUACGCGAUCCACCCCACGAGCUGCGAGCAAAAUGUCUUCACACCUUUCAGCUAGCACUAGAGACGAGGAGGAGCAAAUUCGUCGCAUUCGGUCUGUCAGGAUUGCACAGAAUGUUGAGGGACGACAGGUUUCAAUCGCCCUACGAGCCAGAGGACGAUUCGCUCUGGUUACCGGCGCAAAUGUUGCACGCCAUGGGAUCCAUACUCUCUCAAUCGGACGACACACAGACGGAUAUGUUGAAAGUUCUGCUACAAGUCGCCUGUUCUUCGUACUGGACGAUGAACGGCCGAUUGAUAAUUGCCAUACUCACUACCUGCUGCGAGGCUUUCGAAAACGGAAAUCAAGCGGUGAGAACCGCCGCCCAGGCUGCGACAAGUCAGACGUUGCGAUCCUUCUGUCUUUUCUUAGACGAGGAAUGCCAAGAAAUGGACGAGAACGCGAAGAAGAAUAAGAACGUUUGGGAAAGAGGAGUUUCUUGUUUCAACGAGGCUCUACCGAUACUGCAGUACAUCUGCAGCAAAUUGGACGAGGCUCAAAAGAAAUCCUGUUCUAGCAACAGCAGAAAUGGCAACACCGUGGUGUUUUUGUUGGAGUGUCUGCACACGUUGAUCUCGUCCUUGCCGCAGAAGAUCCACACGAACGCGCACUUCACCACCUUCCUCUGGCAAAAGUUCUGUCCCGCGUUGAUCGCUUUUUUGGGCACGCCGAGAGUAGACAAGACAUUUGUCUCCAGGGAGGGAAAGGAGAACGAGGUGGGAAGAGGCUCCGGUUAUCUGGCCGCGUCUUUGAGCUUCGACAGCCACCAGGCGAAAACUGUCUACAGUAUUGGAACAGAACUGGUGCGAUUGGUAGGCUGCGUGGGUCCUCUCCGACCAGUUUUGGAGUCCGUGUUCCAUAGAAUGUUGCUGUACCCUCUUCCUCAGCAACGUUUAGAAUCUUUGAAGGCCCUUAAAGAGCUUCUGCGUAGUCCUAGUCGAAUGGUCGACUUUGCCGGCCCGUUGCUAGUGGAGGAAGACAGAUGCAGUCAUAUUCAAAGCGACAUGGCGUUGAUGAGGCUGGCGAUGGACUCGAUCGAGGAAUCGACGAAUGGCGGCUUGAGUAUAUUGCACGCGAGCGUUUCGUGCGUGGUCGCCAUGCUUUCGGCGCUUCAGGAGCUGUGCGAAGGAAAGGCCAUUAAUCAUACUUACACGUGCACGAUCAAUAGUCUCUAUGAGGAUCUGGAAUCCUGCGACUACCGGGGCCCUCUCACUUACCAAAGCAUGGCAAGGUUACCAAAAACUUACAGAGAGCAAUUGGAGCUGAUGAGGAAAGGAAUAGUAAGUUCGGACUCGGACUCCUCGGGCCACGGACCAUCGGAAGAUGGCGACUCGACGGACACCGAGGGUCCUCAAAACGAGUCCGACGAAGCUCAAGAGGAGAACAGCUUGGAAGAUAACGAUUACGCGAUGGAGAACGAGAGGGAGAGGCUACGAUUGGAGAAACUCCCAAAGUGUCUUCACGUGGGUCGUCAGGUAGCCGACGAGUGCAACGUGGACGUGGAGAGACACAACGCUAGAAAAUUCGUUAGGACUCUGAAAACCGAUCUAAUCCCCAUGGUAUUGAGUCUUAGGAGCAACAUAGAAGUCGACGAGGCGUUGCAGAACUUUGCAUCUGAGUAUUGUCAAGGUGUCUUCGCAGCCCAGCAGAAGAUGCAGGAACAGACGGACAUCAGCACGGAUUCUUGCGCGUUGAUCACGAUUAUGAACGCCGAUGGCAUCUACUUGGCUACCUACGCAGCGUUGCUUCUCAACUUGAAAUUGAUCAGAAUCAACUACUAUCACGAAGACAGCCGACAAGUUCCCAUCAGCGAGGAACAAUUCGUGGAGGAGGUCCACGGAUCCGGAGUCUUGGUUUAUUUGUCAGCGACUUGGCUGUCCGAGCUUUAUCAACAAGUGUUGGCUUGCAAUCUGCUGGAGAAGUGCGGCUACAACCCUCGCUACACGGAGAACAGUGCGUUGAUAAACGUCCUCACGGACGUCGACGGGAUCCCUGGGAGUCAGAGAGGCGGGCAGCUUCUAUCCGACUACAUAAGGCUCGAGAAGGCUCAGCUGUCCCGCAGCGAACCUACGCCGGAAGCCGAAGCAGGCGCUAAGCUCUCCAGGAGAGUGCUGACCUGUUGUUGGGGAAGUAUGAUGACUGUUUUAACGACAGGAUUGAAUCCUCCGAAAGAAGAGAGUAACAAAGGUAUCCUGAAUCGAGACGGAGGCAGAAGAGGUAUCAGGGACACCGUAAUUUUGUCUUUGGAAGGUCUUCACAAAGCUGCGAUCCUGAGCAACAUACUCGGGCUCCAGAAUCGUUGCGGUUCCAUCUUCGCUCUCCUUGCUAAAGCCGCCUGCACGGAACAGUCUAUAUCGAGAAUCACUCGAACGAAAGACGUAUUGCGGUUGAAAUUGCAAAACAGAGCGACCAAUAUUCACACUUCGCACGCGCUGAGCAUGGACGUGCUUCUGGGCAAAGGUUUGGAACUCGGAAGUCACGGUAGCGACUGCUGGCCUCACGUUUUCACGUGCUGCUUGUACGUGAGCAAGCUGGAGCACGACUUCUUCGGAAGAAACCAGAACCCGUCGCUGCCUAAAACCCAGCAAAAGAAAGAAAAAAAGGAUGCCUCGAACGGAGAUCCCAAAGGAAAUCAGGACAAACUGAGGCUCAAUUUCAACAUCACCGACGAAGAGGAAACAUGCGUCGACGUCUACAGCUUCCUCUCGAGUCCCUACACGCAGAACCCAAGUUCGGAUACCAUCCCAGAGAUAAUCCAAGAAUCGAACGCAGACAGCCAGUUCAACGGCAUUCUUCCCGCGGACUACGCGGCCAAAAUUGUCUGCGUUUUGUCGCAACAAGUCGACAGAUUAUUCGAGAACGCCGCGUUGAAGCUGAACCUUCGAGCUCUGUGCUUGUUCCUGGCGGCUCUUUGCAAGGCGAGCAAAGCUCAGCUGUUCAAGACAACGGACGGUUCGAAGGAGAACAAACGAUUUUGGUGGAGGAAGAGCAAACCCAGGGAAAACGAGAUGAACGUGCUGCUCUUGGCUCGGUUAGGAGAGGUCAUGCUGAAGUGCGUGAAAAGUGGAAGGCCUCUUAUUCAUAUUAUGAGGGUUUGGAGUAUUCUGGGCCCUCAUUUCAUGGAAGCAGCUUGUCACAAAGACCGCGGUAUUUCGAAAAAAGCGGUUCAAUGCAUCCACGACUCGAUGGCAGCUUUGCUGAACGAGCAAGUAGAGUUGGCUCACUUCCAUUUCAACGAAGCUCUCUUCAAGCCUUUCGAGAACCUGUUGUGCCUAGAACUCUGCGACGGCGAUGUGCAGGACCAAAUCGUGAGCUGCAUCUGCGAGUUCGUCGAAACCAACCGAACAGAGAUUCGUUCAGGCUGGCGACCUCUGUUCGGGGCGCUGCGCGUAGCCUCCGUCGGUAAUUCAGAUUCCGUCGAAUCAGCGCCUCUGCUGGAGGUCUUCAGGGUCUUCCUAUCGACGGACAAUACGUUGGUGUUCGCCAACGCGGCGCUAGAUUGCAUCCUGUGCCUCCUGAGGCACGUGCGUGGUAUCGGCGACGCGGAGGGGCAUCAGGACGAACAGGACCAGGUCGAUAUCGCAGAGUCCCGACGAAUGAGACUCUGCGUAGAGAGUCUCAAGUAUCUGCUGAGCUGCAGCGACAUCCUGGCCUCUAUGUACGGGAUGCCAGCGUGCCCCAUCUUCCAUUCCGCCCAGAGGAUCCAGGUUUCGACCAUUCCCCAAUACGUCGAUCCAACGAUACCGAACUCGGAACUGAUCAGAUUCGAUAAGCACACCGAAUCGAUACAAGAGACCAUUCCCGAGCGACCGCACGACGUACUCGUGGAGAACGUUCGCACGGCCACCACUCUGCAGAGCAUGGACAAGCCCAGUGGCAUUCUGAGAGUGUGGUAUAUCUUGAUCGACGGCCUGGCUAGCGCUACCAUGAUAUGUCCCAAACGUUACCAGCCUCACACUCUGGAAACUCUAUUCCAUCUUCUACGAGAUACCUUGAACGUUCCUGGACCAGCGUUCGGACUCUAUUGCGUCAAUCAUUUGUUGCUACCGAUGGUCCAAAAUUGGCUGAGGAAGACCUCGAAGAUCUUCAGGGGUUGGGACAACUUUGCGCCCAACUUUAAGCAGUGUUGCGGUCUCACGACGGAUCUGGUUGUCGAUUACUUGACUCAUUUGCAAGGGCCCGAGGUUCUCCGGAACGAGGCGUAUCUACCGGCCACGACGCUGAUGUUGAAACAACUUUUGCUGGUGAUGGCGGAAUGCGUCGUUCAGCCCACGGAGAGCAUAGCUCGUUUGGGUUGCGCUUGUAUCAGGCACGUACUCGUGAGCAGCGGUCCGCUUCUCACCCCAGAACAAUGGGAGGUUUGCGGCGUUGCCUGUUACCGUGCCUGCUCGAAUUCGUUGCAAGAGUUGCACCAGCUGACCAUGGCUUUCUCACCGAGAUCGGAAUCCUUUUACGGUGACGUUGCACAGGUCAAGGUUGCCGCCCGACGGGAUGCGACACUCGAGGAAUCGGAACGUCUACGACAGCUCGCCGCCCAGGUGUUCCUCCUCGAGGAACAACGCACCGAGGACACCUCGAGAACCUCCGACGACAGGUCGUACGUCUUCCUCUUGUAUCCACCUUCGGUGGGCUCCACUCUCAAUCCUGACCUCUACAUCGUUAGAGUUCAGCUCAGAGCACUGGUGGUCGGUCUAUUGGUUCAUCAGAUGCUCAUCCAUUGCAUCGCCAGUGUUCUAUUGCAAGGUGCCGACUCAUCUUUUCCCAGUUUAUCCCACGUGAUACCGCAUUCAGCGGCAUCGGCGUCGCCAAAACCUUUCGUACACGGGUGUCUCUCGUACCUAUCCAGCCGCCACGUGGACAUCUUCUUCUCGGCCCUGGAUCUCUCCUACGCUGCUGCCUUAAAGUUCGACUGUCGUCCCGGCCUGAAAUUCUUAGUACAAAAGGUGGCCAACCUCCGACAACCCGCGAACCUCUAUCAACAGGCCGGAGCUGCUUGGACUGUCAAGAUAGUCACGCUGUUCGAGCUGUGCCUGCGCGAAAUGGAAGGCACCACCGAGGUGACCCUGGAAACUGUGAAAUCGAUGCUGACCUCAAGCCCAGACGAUACAAACCCUUCGAAAAGCUCUAGUCUCCGAAAGCUGUCGAAAUACUUGAAACAGCUGCGCAACACGUUCGAAGAACUCUGCGAGAGCUACGCGGAGGUGGUUUUAGACGAGGACGGGAAGCACACCAGAGUGGACAAUUUCUCGGAGAGGAAGAUAUUUCUGUUGGUAGCGCAGCCCGAUGACUAUCCGGAGAUCACCAGGAAGGAGCCGAUCGUUAACGACAGAGUCACGCCAGCGCUGACCGAGCCGACCACGGAGGAGUCGGGAUACCAAAUGGACCAGGAGGAACAGGAAGAACCUGAGGACAUCGAAGACUACAGUCCCAACUUGGACGACGAGAGCGGAUUGGAGGAGCUUGGAGCAGAGUCCGACGACGAUGACAGACCCUUCAGACUUUCCGAUCUAGCGGUGGAGUAUUCGACUGAUUCCGGUCCGCAGUCCGAACCGGAAACCGACGACUCGAGGCCCGUUUCGAGGUUAGGCUCCUUUACGGAGAAAGUCGUUUAUCCCGAUCGAUCCGGUGGCACCUCCAGCGAGGGUUACAUCGACGGAAAGUACAGCUCGACGACACCAGCUCCGCCGUUGCUGAUAAACGAACAGGACAACCUGUACUACGAGCUCAGCCCGCUGAAGAGGACCGAGUCCGCGGACUGUUUCCCGUUGUCCAUGCUGGAAGCAAAGACGGCGAACGCCAGCCUGACCUUUGACGAGAUGGCUACGUAUCAAAAGUCGAGACCCGAGAGGAGGAAAAGCGAAGCCUGUUUGCUCUCCCGCAGGAAUUCUCUGAAAUUCGUCGUGGCGAGCGAAGCGGAGAACGUUGAGAGAUUCGCGAGUCUUGAUUCGGCGGUAUCGAGGUGCAGAUCGGUGAUGGAGUUGAGAAGAACGCAAGGAUCGACCGUGUCCAGCUCUUCGAACGAUAUCGAGAUGUCCCCGCGUGUGUCUGCGAAGAUCGAGGAGAAAGAGGAGACAGGCUCGCCGCAGUUCUUGGAUAACAUCGACGAACUGUUGCGCGACUACGAGCGCAGCAAAAGAGGCUUCAGAACAAAUCCGUUUUUGAAGGACGACGGGGACGAAACGAGCGUUGACAGUUAUGAAAUCCCGACGCAAACGAGGGAAACUUUGUUCCAGCGGAAGAGUAACAUUCAUAAAGACAGCGAGGCGCACAGGAAGGCUUGGGCCGAGACUCUCGGCACCAUAUUGGAUUGGACUCUAGCUUUGUCGGAUGAUCAACUGACUCCGUUGCUUCCGGUUUUCGUGAGCGGCGUGCGAAUCCUUACCAGACACGCGAUGGAUCAAGUCCUCAAGCAGCGAUUGUCGGCUCUUUUUCAUCGAAUCGCGGUGUUGUACGGUUUAACGAGCAAUUAGGGGCAGCUUCGAUACAUCUGGGAACAGAUGUAUUUUCACGAUUCGAUCUGAAAUCGUUUCGGUGCCCGAACACACGGACGAUACCAAGAUGUCGGACAUCGGUCGAGCGGCGUCUAUGCAACCCCGCGAGCAUCAUCGAAUAUUUAUAAGACUUUCUUACUCUAAGAAUCAAUCGAUCUCGGUUGAUAUAUACGGAAACAACUUUCAAUCUUCCAUAUCACACGGAGAAGAAACACCGUUGGAUCGACGAUCCGAGUCAAUUGUCGAAUAAGUAACAUCCGAAGAGCGUAUCGCUGUGUAUAAAUCGAUCGACGAAUUUUCUCUCGUGUUUCAGCAAAAGAUAUCCCAUUCGAUUCUUUUCGAAGAGAACGGUUAUCGAAAUCACAGUUACUUUAAAAACUGUACAUCUCGCUGGGAUUUUCAAACUUUAAGAGAGAAACACACCAAAGGAGUUUUCAUGGUUGACACUAUCGAGGACCAUUUUUCGUGUCAUCGCCGCUAACGAUGUCGAACAUCGAUUCCACGAAGGACCUAAACCAGAUCUAACCUGGACUAUGUUAGCCUGGAUCGAAGAGGUCGAGAACGUCGUUCUCUCGCUUCGAAUGGAAAUACUUAUUGUUAAUCAUGACCGAUUCUUUUUCACGAGAAACGACAAACUACUUCUAUCCGAAUCUUUCCUCGUUGGAGAGAAUACAACUAAAGGGUGUCCUAAAAUUAACGCAAGAUUUUAAUUUGUCGGCAUGUUCGCAGUAAAUUGUUGGCAAGCCUGAAGAAAGAAUAAUUUGAGAACUGAGAGUUUAGGGUUAGUAAAAAUGUAGCGUUAUACGAUAUGACAACCUUUUUUUUAUUAUUGACCAAUAUUUUAAUAAAAUGAUUGUCGGCGAGGUAAAGGUGAUCUUAUUCUAAAAUCUAGAUAGCUUAGAAUUCA